AUGGACGCGGCAAUGGCGCUGACCCGUACCGGGAAGAUGCGCAACCAGUUUGACGAAUAUGGUGCCCCAGUGGUGAACGCAGGCGACUCUCGGAAAGGGCUGAUCACGUCUCAGCUGGGCAUCAACCGCUUCUUUCGCCGAGGGAAAGGGGUCGUUGACGGCGAGUUCAACGAAGACAUGGGCGCCGAUUUGGGCGAUUUGGAGAUCGGCAACUUGGCCAACCACCACGUUUCGAUGGAAGACAUUACUCAUAUGCGCGAUCGAGGCCCAUACCAAAGCACUAAGGGUCUGCGAACUCUCGAGGACCUGACGCCAAUCAUUCCUACUAUUGGUCCAUCAGGGGUGAUUACUCCAGUUAACCCCAACCCAAAUAAAAUGUCCAACAUUCAAUACCGGAAACAAAUGAACCUGCAAAUGAAAAUGGCGUACGCUAACAGUGCUCGUGCCAUGAGUCUUGCCAACCAACCCAACAAUAAUGCAAGCUCGAACGAUCCUCGCACUAUGAGUUUCAAUUCUUACGGCAACCCUCGUACCAUGCUGUUGAUGAGCGGCGGGGCGCCUCCUGGGGGGCCACGAACGAUGUCUUUGAACAAUCGACCCGGUGCUCCCGGUUUCAAUUCUCCUUAUGGAUCCCGAGCAAACUCGAUGCAAAAUGGGCCACGCACCAUGCUGAUGAACGGCCCUAAUCAGGGAGGCAUGCCUGGCCGCGGGUUCAAUUCGCAUCCAUUAAGUCCUAUGAAUCCACAAUCAGGGUUCAACAAUCAGGGUAUGAUGAACCAGGGCAUGAUGAACCAGGGCAUGAACCAGAAUAUGCUGCCAAACCAAGGUAUGAUGCAAAACCAAGGUAUGAUGCAAAAUCAGGGUAUGAUGCAAAAUCAGGGUAUGAACCAAGGUAUGAUGCAAAAUCAAGGUAUGAUGCAAAAUCAGGGAAUGCAAAAUCAUGGAAUGAUGCAAAACCAAGGUAUAAUGCCAAACCAAGGUAUGAUGCCAAACCAAGGUAUGAUGCAAAAUCAGGGAAUGAUGCAAAAUCAGGGAAUGAUGCAAAAUCACGGAAUGAUGCAAAACCAAGGUAUGAUGCAAAAUCAGGGAAUGAUGCCAACCCAAGGUACGAUGUCAAAUCAAGGUACGAUGUCAAAUCAAGGAAUGAUGCCAAACCAGGGUAUGAAUCAGAAUAUGCAGCCAAACGUGAAUCAAGGCACUGUGGGACAGGAUUCGGGGAAUACUUCGAGCUCAACUACAAACAUGGAACAAAAUAAUCAAAACUUCCAAGGGAUAAAACAAAUGGAUGACAACAAUUUGUUCCCACAAUUUUCUGGCCUGUCUAAUGCAUCCACAUCUUUAGGACAACCUCAAGCUGAUUUUUCAAAACCCUCCUUCCCUGCAAAAGCUUCACAGGAUCUGCUAGGUCACAUCGAUGAAGACGAUGAGGAGGAAUUGGAUAGAAACAAAAAAGCCUUACCUGCUAUCCCUGAUAAUCGAAACCUGGGACCUACUCCUGCUGAGAAAGCUUCCGUUGAUGAAGGUGUUGAUUUGAAUGAGGAGUAUCCAGACGAGCCCUCUUCUGAUAGUGAGCCCGAGCAAGAAGCGAACAAAACUUAUACGGACCCGUCAAGUCAACAAACGCUGCUAAAACCCACGAACUCAAUGAAGUUGAAAAAGCUUAAUUUGUUUGGUAAUCAAAAUGGAUUGCCAUCUGCUCCUCCUACGGCAUUAUCAAAAGCAGAGCCUGACAAUUAUAGUGAUACGCUGCUGCUUCAAUUUCAACAGCCCACCUAUGAUGACGGCUCUGAUUAUGAAGAUCUGGAGGAGCCUUCCCUGCCUUCAUUCAACGCUGUUCCAGAAGAUUCCUACAACAUGCGGUACUCAACUUACGAUGACUAUAAUGCUGAUGAUAAUAGUGACAAGUUCCGCAAUUUAGGUGCCACCGCGAUUGAUGGUCUGGCGGACACCACCAAAGAAGUCUUCGUGACAGCCUCGGAUCUUGUCAGUUCACCUCAAAAGGCCUCUGGAACGUGCCCUCGCAAAAAACUUGCUAAAGUUACUGAAGACGCAAACGAUGACACCGAAGACGAGAAAUCGCAUUACAACUUUAUUCGUUCAUCUCCCACCAGAGCAGCAAAUGCCUCAGCAACGCAGGACUUGGAUGUACAGCGUCAGCUCCUGAGCUCACUGGGCCAGUUAAAAAAGCUGGUGGUGGCAAACACAGCAUUUUCAAAUUUUCGGUCAGCUUCCCAACUGGACUCUGCAUUUGAGGGGGAUGACCAGUCCAAUCAAUAUGAUGGCGUCGGAAAUGGCUAUGACUAUCGCAAAGAACUGGUCCUGAGUCUGUCAUAUGCUCCACUGAAUAGCGAUCUGGUUCAAAAAGUACCCACGGACGCGUACCGCUUUGUAUCUCAACAAUCUUUGCAAAAGGGUACAACGUCUGAUCAAUUGCAGAAGUCUGUUGUUGAGGAUAUUCCAGAGCAUGAUAACUCACUUCAGCGAGAGUCGACUCGUGAAUCGAUCCUGUAUCAAGCCUCUUCUGGUCUGGCCGUGGGCUCACCAUCAGAACUCAACAAUCGAGCAUCUUCAAUGGAUCAACGUCUACUGGCAGGGCCAUUCGAGGGCUCUAGCCAUAGAGAUGCUUCCAGAAUUGGGGGCGCAGAAGAAGUUGGAUUGGGAGCAGCGGCAUCUGUGACUAGCGAUGUGCACGACGAUGAAAAGCGUGGCUCUCGAUCGUCAAAGAAUUUUGGUUUUACGAAGUCAAAAAAUUUCUUGAAGAGACUUUCUAAACUGAGCAGAAAAUCCACGGGUCCCGAUGAUGAUUCGGCUACUCGUCGUAUACUGAUGGCGUCUAAGCUGCCAUAUCUGACGCAACCACUGAGUCCUCAAUUUGAGCGAUCUUCUAUUUCGUCUACUUUGCGUCAACAUGACCAGCCUAUGCCAUCAGUGCCUUCGGUACCGAUAGUCCCACACCGCGAAAUUCAUUUCAGCAAAGAGGAAAUGGCCAUCAUGACGUGCAAUAACGAUUUACUCACUGAAUUAGAGCUUGUGACCACUGAAUUAGCGCUGUCGAUAAAACGUGAACUUGCUAUGGAAAGUGGAGUAAGUUCAACUCACCCUAACAUCCAGGUUGAUCAAUCAAGGAUAAUCGCUGAAUUGCAAGAGAAGCUCAACCAAGAGCGGCGUAUGAGAUUUUUGGCGGAGGAGCAUGCAAUGCUCUAUGAGCAUGGUCAACAACCUAGUGCUCUCAAAUUGAGUUACGAAAAGCUGGAAAUGUACCGUGAAUUGUUGGUGAAGCAGGAUUUAGUACAACAAUUAGAGGAUCGUGUGGCUGAGCUCGAGGAGUCCAAAGGGCAUAACGAUCAGCUGUUGCUUGACAAAUACAACGAAAUCUUGCAGGAAAAUACUGAUCUCAAGUUUCGAGUCAUUCCUGAACUCGAGCGCAAGUUCAAGGAUGCUGAACAAAGGAAAAUCAACACUCUCACCAAGCAAUUGCUGCUUGUUGGAAGCGGUCAGCAUGAUGUUGGGGACGAGAUUGUUACUCUUAAAAAACAACGUGAGGAAUUGCGCGAGGUUGUGACCAAUUUGACUCAAAGCCACAAGCAAGAAUUAAGGCAAGUGCAAGAACGGAAUCGUCAAUUGGAAGCGAAAAUGGAAGAGUAUAAACAAGUCAAUCAGAAGUUGAGUGGUUUGAGUGACAGACAAGAGCGUCGUGGCCACGGGAAGCUGGGAAAGUUACCCGGUUUAGCGAUCGUGCUGCCGAACCGGUUGUUCGAUCGAUCUUAG